CGCCGGCAGUGAGUUCUCUCGCGGCGCGCCGCAGUCCGCGCGAGGAGCCUCCGUGUGUUGUACUCCCUCAUCGUCGCGUCCUUAACCACGUUCCUCACCAUUGUUUAUUGUCCCACGCGUGCUCUCAGUAAAGCCUCUACAGCUGUUCCGUCGCAACCCAUCACUGGGCUUGAAUGUAAAUGUGUGUUUUAAAAUAAAAAUAAUAUGUUUUGAGUGUUGUUUUGUGAGUGCUGUGAGUUUAAAUGGAGGGCCCGACCGGUCCCUGAAGUCGGGAGUGCAGUGCGCGCGCCUUCGCUGAGUCUGUCUGAGUUUAGCUCGGCCAUGGCGGCGACGGCUCGUCGCGAGAUAGACACCGGCGAGGAGGAUAUCGCGGCUAUAGCCAGGCAGAUAUCCGACCAUGCCGAGGCUAUCUAUCAGACGUGGAAAGCGCGCGGCUUGGCGCCUUCUGAGAUCCUCUCUUGCAGACCUACAUCCGGCAUCAAGCUGACCGACAACCUACGGACCAAACCCAAACCAGAACCUAAGCCAGACCUGAAGCAAAGACCAGAACUCAGACGGGAUCAUCGCCCGGAUCCUACUCGUGAGAGGGCGAGGAGGGAACUGAGACAAGAGCAAAGAUCCGAACCUGAUGGCGAAAUUAUGGAUAUCACUUUGCCUCCAGAUUUAGUGCCUGAACGCAAUGGAACAGGAACGACUUUAGUUGGAGGUAGGCGCGCUGAUGCCGCUGCCAUGAGAUUAGAAGUAGCGCGUGAGGAGGAAAGAUUGUUGAGAGCUCUUCGUACAGGGGGAGUUGUUGCAGAACGUCCCGCAGAGAGACCAGACGUGGUUCCGCCGGUCUCUCUCGUUGAUUACGCAAAGAGCCGCUAUCAGGAUAAACUGGAAACCGGUGCGAGGAAGCCGGCUGCAGGGGCUGGAGGAGAGAGACGUGCCUCGCUUGGUUCUCACGUGACCGAAGCUCGAUCCAAGUUCGAAGCUCGCGCUCGCAGGGCCUCCAGCGCCGGCGCCGGUGAGCCGGUCUCCGCUGCGGGCACGACGCCCGUGCGACCGUUCCUCACGAGAGGAUCUGUUGCUGAACGCGUGCUCAUGUUCGAGAAAUGCCCCAGCGAGGCUACUCUAGAGCUCGCCAAGAGGAAAUCUCCAGCAGCAACGACAUGGCGGGGACCGCACGACGUCAUCAAUAGAGCACAGGUCAGCAUCGAUAAAUGUCUCCCGAGCUACGCCGCCUCCGCACCUAUUAAGCCCUCUUCAGCACCUCCGCAUACAACGCUACAGCGGACAGUACGGGGUGCUGCCAACAGUGGCGCUCCGGCCAGAGUCAUACCUCGCUUCCACUUCCCCAAAGGUCGGCCGCCCGCCCCGCACCAGCAGGACCACGCUCUUCACAAAGUCCAGUCGGCAUUCGCAACGUUCCCUAAUAGUCAGGUACCUCGUGAGAGUUUCAAGCACAUCGUGAAAGCAUGCGAAUGUCCGCUGUACUGGAAAAUGCCUUUGUUUCUGGCCACUCAACAGAAUCUACACCUUCCUAUCGACGGACACAAAUUCAUUGACUUCUGGAGAGAAAUGACGUCACAGUGUCACGAUCAGGCGUCGCGGUUCGUGUACAUUUUGACGCGAGGGAAGAGCAGCAUCCUAACUCCAGAAGAUUUUGUUCCUCUAGUCCAAGACGUUGUGGACACUCACCCUGGACUCUCGUUUCUAAAGGAAGCCACCGAGUUUCACUCCAGAUACGUGCACACUGUGAUCGCUAGGAUAUUCUACUGUGUGAAUAGAUCGUGGUCGGGAAGAAUAUCGAUUCCGGAGCUGAGAAGAUCGAAUUUACUACAAAUCAUUCAAUUGUUAGAAGACGAGGAGGACAUAAAUCAAGUCACGCAAUAUUUUAGUUACGAACACUUCUACGUGAUUUACUGCAAGUUCUGGGAGCUGGAUCGGGAUCACGACUUGUUCAUAGACAGGCACGAUCUCGCGAGGCACAAUGAUCACGCGCUAUCGAGUCGAAUGAUAGAACGGGUGCUGUCUGGAUGCGUAACUCGAGGCAACCAGAACCGUCUGACCCCCGACGGAGAGCCACGCAUGUCUUACACGGAGUUCGUGUGGUUCCUACUCGCCGAAGAGGACAAAACUCAUCCAACUGCCAUCGAAUACUGGUUCAGAUGCAUGGACAUUGACGGCGAUGGGUACAUAUCAAUGUACGAACUCGAAUACUUCUACGAGGAACAGAUGCAGCGGAUGGAAGCUAUUGGCAUAGAAACUCUGCCAUUCAACGACUGCUUAUGUCAGAUGUUAGACAUGGUGCAUCCAGCCGAAACGGGAAAGAUAACGUUGAGCGACUUGAAGAAAUGCAAAUUAACCCCAAUAUUCUUCGAUACUUUCUUCAACUUGGAGAAGUACCUCGACCACGAACAAAGGGAUCCGUUCGCUACUCAAAGAGACUCCGAUUGCGAAAUGUCAGAAUGGGACAGAUUCGCUGCUGAAGAAUACGAACUCCUUGUAGCCGAAGAAGGCGGAAGCGAGGCCCAAGAACAAAUCUCAUACGAUGAGACGGACGAAGACUGUUUGUCGCCCAAUAUGGAUGAUAUAACGAAUACUGAAGUGGUGGAGGAUUCGAGCGUGGAAGAGUCGACGCUGAGCGAAGGCGGCCCUCUCGCGCCCGGCUACGUGAACCUUAGCUCCAUAUAUUCCCUCGGGACCGAACGGUGGAAACAACAGAACGCGACACUCAAUAACGGACUCGCCGAGAAGAGGCUCCCAGAGAAACCUGUCCCUCCAGAAAAACCAGUCAGUCUGAUGAUGGUCAACGGCAAGAUGGACAAUCGAUACUCCAGCUUCAGCAACAACAGCUUCCUCUACUCCCAGCUGCUCGGGUCUAGUGGAGUGCGAACCAGAGACCCGCCUUCGUACAGCGUCGCAACUGGUGGACUUGAUGUGGAUACGAAGAACGCAGUGUCUCCGGUUCGGUCCCCCGCGACGAGCCCCGUCAAUGGCAUCAACAAGAUCUCCGAUAACUACGAGAGGGCGAUCGCAGAACGACUCAGUCCCCAACGAGACAUAUCGAGGGUGAACAGAAGCGGUCUCUUCAGUAAAGUGAAUACGGGCAUCGUCGCCAACAACGUGAAGAAGAAUAGCCCCCGCAGGGACGAGGAGGACGGCGACUACGCUCGCGACAGUGACGAGUGCUCGAUAUAGGAGCGGCGGACUGCAUCGUGCUGUCUCGCUCUGUAACGAUCCACCGACACCGUUCGCCGGUCGGUGUGCUGCGACGCCAAAGAUCGCCAUUUACAAAACAUUUUGUAGUGUUAGCUUUUUAAAUGACUCUAUUGUUAUACGGUUGUUCGAUACAGAGAAAUAUUUUUUCAGCGUAUCCUAGUGGUCGAUACGUGCCUUGUGACAGUGUAGACUUUAGACGAUUGAUAGACAAAUAACUAGUAGUUUAGUGCGCGUCUUGUGAGUGUGACGUACGUCGAAAAAUGUUCUCGAACUACGACACAGACUAGUUUUGGCAUUUUAAUAGUAUUAAUACCUGUGUAUCAAUUUAUUUAAUACGUAUAUUUUAGUCUCAAAUUAACCAUAUCAAGCAACUGUUUUGUUUGCAUGUGAAUUAUUAAUGUGUGUUGUAGAUUUUUUCACGUACAUAUAUAUAUUACAUACCUAAUAAAUGUAACUGACGUAGAAUCUAUGAUUCAUAUUAUCGCCGCCAUUUUCCGUCGUGCUCUUGAUUGAUCAUAUCAUCGCUCCAUCCACAUUAUUAAUAUUUUAUUAUAAGACAAAAGAUACUAAUGUUGCCAGUCAUUAAUAAAAGUUCGUCCAUUAAGCUUUAUUUAUUUAUUUGUCGUGACAAAAUCAGGCUAUUACAGUUAUGAAACUAUAAAAGUUGACGUAUUUUUGAUAUGCAAAUACAUUUCAAGAUGACUUAGUAAAUAUUUUCGAAAUGCCGCGUACUAAAUUUACAACAUGUAACCAAAGCGGUUUAACUUUGAAUGAAAAUCCGUAGGUAUCUAAAAACUGGAUCAUUAUGUGAAUAUAACAAUUAAGUAUAGCUAAUUAGGACAGAGUAGGAACGAUCGCCUUGAACUGAUCGUAAUUUCUUGAAAGCCUUGCCUAAGCCUGACGGUAAAAGUUUGUGAGGUUUAAAUUUAUGAGAUUUAAUAAAAAAAAAUUGAUUCCUCUUGGAACGCCUCGUAAAUAAGUUGCCAUUUCAUAUUCGCGUCGUUUAAGCAGUUUGUACUGUGUUGUAAAGAAUCUAUGAAUGAUAGUGUGAUUUCGUCAGGCGUUACCGUCGUCCCCACUCAUAAUACCAAAUACACUCGUUAACUGUUUACUAGAAAUGUUAUAAUACAAAUUUGUUAACGCUAACAGUUCUUAAAUUUCAGGCCUCACUUUGAAAUACGGUUGCUGGAAUUUUAAGCAGUAAAUCGAUCCCAAGUUUUUCUUUUUGAAAGAAAUAAACAUGACAUAAUUAUGCGACGUAUAUUCUAUAAUAUCUUAUGUUAUAACAAAUCUAUACAUUGAUUUAUUAUGGAUUACACACACAGCUACAAAUGAAGUCUUAAAAUCGGUAAAUUUUUUAUCUGGUGUUCAAUGGAGCUCAUAGAUAUUUGAAUGUGAAUGCCGUCAUCCACCUUGAGACAUGAGGUCGAAGACCACCCUUCAAGUCCGAACUCAUGACUGUUGAUAUGAUACCUACUAUUGCCGGCUCACAAUACGCUUUCACCCCUGCAAAUGGCAAGAACGGUGUUACUUAUUCUCCGGUAAAUCCUUUAUUUGCUUUUUACGACGCCCCCGGGAAGAGAUGUGGUAGUUGAUUUCAGUGCCACAAUCAAAGUGCGGCAUUCAUCACGUACCGUUUAUGUAAUUAUUAUACUGGACUUACUACUACUUUAUUUGUUUCGGUUUGAAGGGUGGGGCAGCCGUUGUAACUAUACUGAGAUCUUAUAACUUAUAUCCCUAGGUGGUGGGUGGCGCAUUUACGUUGUAGAUGUCUAUGGGCUCCA